GUCACCGAAGUUUUUCCAGCUCUAACAGUUGAGAAACCAUUUGGGAAAUUGUCGCUUGUUUUGCCGUGCUUUUUGUUUAAACAUUGCGUUGUGUUUUUUGUUUAUCGCGCCCCGUGUUGAACUGAAGCGCCGAUCCAAUUGGAUUGGUCAAGCGCGACAAGUGUGACAAGCAGCGGAGAAAUCGCCAUGAAACAGUGAAGAAGAAGCAGCAGCAGCAUAAGAAGAUGUAGCUAACAUAUAUUAAUUCGACAAUUGUUAACCUAGUUUCACAUCUCAAAAAUAAAUCAAACAACAAGGACGAGUUCAGAGCAGCGCUGGCUCCUCUGGCAUCGAUUACGCACGGUUCUACCACUACUUAAAGACAAAUACUACCAAGGACUCGAGGGAGAGACUCGCCGCGGGCAGAGGAAGCAACCAAUACCCACACUUUUCGGUUCUCCUCGGACCAGGAUCAUCGACCCCCCUCCCUUCCCGACCCCGGCACCGUUUCCCCGUAGAACCAUCCACUCUGCCACGCUGCCACUCUGUCCACACCGUCACUCCCAGCACUAACUAACCAACCUACAACAACUAUUUGGCAAACUAUUCCUCCUGGGCCAGAGCAUUUUCGAGAGGAAGCACCAUCGCAUAACUGUGGAUAGAGCAGCCGGAGCACGAGGACGACUCAUGUUACAAAAAUGAAAAAGUUCACAUUCAAAGGAGUUCUAGAUGGAUUUCGACAAAGCGUUCAGCCCCAAGCCACACGACAGGAGCAGGAGAUCCAGGAGCAACUCAAGGCCGACCAUUUUACGUUAAAGAAAACCUUUCGCCAUGGCUUUCCAUACUCGCCCACAUCCUUUGCCUUCGAUCCUGUACAAAAGCUACUAGCGAUUGGCGACAAAUCGGGCUACAUUCGCAUUUUGGGACGACCUGGCGUCGAUGCCCAUGCCAAACACGAGGGCGAAUCCGAGUGCGCCGUGCUCUUUGCCCAGUUCCUGGUCAACGAGGGCGCCUUGGUCACCGUCACCGCCGAUGACACCAUUCACUUGUGGAGUAUUCGCCAAAAGACACCGCGCAUUGUGCAAAGUCUGAAAUUUCAGAGGGAGCGCGUGACUUGCAUACACCUGCCCGUGGGCAGCAAAUGGCUGUACGUGGGCACCGAGAAGGGAAACAUACACGUUGUUCACAUAGAUACAUUUGCACUUAGUGGUUAUAUUAUUAACUGGAAUAAAGCAAUUGAAGUGGUUAGAACUAGUCAUCCAGGUGCUGUGAUUGCGUUAUGUGAUAAUCCAUUGGAUGCAAACAAGUUGCUUAUUGCAUUUGAGUGCGGGCUGCUUGUUUUGUGGGAUCUGAAGGCGAAAUGCGCUGAGUUGCGAUGGCAGGCUGCCGAGGCCGUCAAGUCCCUGGCCUGGCACUACGAGGGCAAGUACUUUGUGUCCUCGCACACGGAUGGCUCCAUUUGCUCCUGGCCCACGAAGCCGCAGGCUAAGCCGCAGUCGCAGGUCUGUCCGCAUGCUAAAAUCAACAAGGAUGGCAAUGCGGAGAAAUGCAAACCGAUUUAUAAAGUUGACUUGAAGUCCAGCGCGACUGGGGAAACCUUUACCAUUUUCUCGGGCGGCAUGCCCUCGGAAAAGGGCUCCAAGUCCAACUGCAUCACGGUGAUGGUGGGCAAGGCCACUACGGUGCUGGAGAUGGAGCACGCCGUAUGCGAUUUCAUAACACUCUGCGAGAAUCCGUGGCCCUGCGAGACCCAGGAGCCGUAUGCUAUUGCCGUGCUGCUGCAAUACGACUUAGUAUUAAUAGACUUAUUAACACCCGGUUUUCCAUGUUUUGAAUCGCCUUAUCCAAUGGACUUACACGAAUCACCUGUUACAUGUUGCACAUAUUUAACCGAUUGCCCAUCGGAUUUGGUUCCUGCUUUCUAUUCAGUUGGUCGCACAACGACAAGUAAAAAGAGCUGCUUCUCGGAGCGCGAAUGGCCGAUAUCCGGUGGCGAGUGGUCGCCGGCGUCGUGCAGCUAUUCGGAGAUCGUGAUCACCGGACACCAGGACGGCAGCCUCAAGUUCUGGGACUCCGGUGCCGGCACGCUACAGAUCCUCUAUAAGCUGAAGACGGCCAAGAUGUUCGAGAAGCCGCGCUCCCACGUCGCCCACUCGCAUCCGGAGAGCGACAAUCCGCUGGCGGUGCACCUCAUCUUCCUUUGCUCGGAGUCGCGACGCCUCUGUGUGGCCGGCGCCAUGGGACAGGUGAUGCUGUUCAAGUUCCGCAAGGUGGAGUCCACGUCCGAGGUACUGGUCCUUGAGAUACCCAUACUCUAUGAGAAUUUUGAUGACAUCUAUGGGACGAGUCCCGAGUGCGAUUUUCUAACGGGCCAUCAAGUGCAGAAGGCGGAGUCUAGUGAUUCGGAUAAGACAACCGAGUGUUCGCUGAAGGUGCGCUUUGGGGCGCAGCGCAAGCCGCCGGGCUUCCAGUCGCAGCUGGUCUGCCUCACCACCGGACCCAAUCGCCGGAAUGUGCAGGUCACCUCGCUGUGCAUCAGCUCCAGUUACGGCCUAAUGGCUUAUGGUACCGAAUAUGGACUUGUCAUAAUUGAUAUAAUCCAAAAAAUUUGCCUAUUGAGUGUUGCAUGCCCCGAUCUGUAUGGCGCACAUGAUCCUUACUCGCGAACACCAAAAAGUCCAAAACGCAUUGAGAACAAAGAGGAGCAAAGCCGAUCGCCCAGCUCAGAUCAGCUGAACGACACGACCAGUCCGGAUAGUCCGUCGCUUGAAUUUGUACCGGAGGCGGCCGGCGAAUCAACGGGCAACGAUGGCGUGGCGACGGCGAUGAGCUCACGUCCCGGUUCACCGGAUCCAAUGGUGGUGAACAGUGCCCGUGAAACACUGCUCAGCGGAUCGGCGGCAUCGACGGCGGCUGCAGCAGCAUCGGCGGCCAUGAUGGCCAAGAGUCCCCAGCGGGAUGAUGCGGCUCCCAAGGAGCUGCAGGACAGACGCAAGUCGAUGUCCUGGAAAACGUUCAAUUUGAAGCGUCAAUUAUCGAAAGUCAAUAUGAAAAUUGGUGGUCUGAAUGUCAACACCGAUAUGGAGUCACUAAAGAAUAACUCCAUUUUCUACACACCCAAGGAGGUGUCACCGGAGGGUGCAACGCCACCGGCGACUGAAGAGGAGGCGACACCGGAGGGCAGAGAGGAAGAGUCGUUGGAUGACGCUGAAAUGGCGCCCAACACAGGGGCAGGGGCAGCAGCAGCAGCAGCACCUUCACCAUCGUCGGCAGUUCGUGGCAAAUUUCGAUCCUCCACCACCGAUUCGCCAGACGAGGGCGCUAGUGGCAGCAGCACCAUCGCCACCACCGGUGGCAUUCGUCGCGUUGACUUUGAACAGCCGGCUGCGAUGGAGGUGGAGCGCCCCAAUAAUUUGCCCCUGACGGAUGCACCUGCUCCGCUGAAGCCCGCCCGCCAAAAGUUCAAGGAGAAGUCGCGCGACCAGCGGCUAUUGUCCGUACCGAACAUUAAGUAUCAGCCGCGCGAUUUGCGCGGCGGUGUGCGCACCCUCAAGAACGAUGUCUCGCCGUUGAUGGGCGGUGGCGGUGGAGGUGGCGUUGCCAGCGGCAGCGGAGGAGUUGGUGGGAGCGGCGUUGGAGGCAAGAAGAUACAAAAAUUGGAUGGAACUUUCUCAAGAUCCAGAUCAUCGUCAAUGUCCAGCAUUGAUAUGUCUUCCUCUGAAUCUGUUACCUGUUUAGCUUUUAUCGAGAGUUAUGCAAAACGAAAUGAUAUUUUGACACUUGUUCCUACUUUGUGGAUUGGAACUAGUUUCGGUUCGAUACUGACAUUGUUCAUCACCAUGCCGGAGCGAGAUGUGCGCAAAUCUCAGCCAGUAUUGAUAACAAUAAAUGGUGGCCCCGUGGUACGACUCAAAGGAUCCAUAACUUCCAUGUCUUUUUUAGACUCAUACGGCUCGAUCAUACCCUAUACGUUUGAGACCUGGCGUGACGAGAAGAGGGACAACAAAGACCGCACACCCACAAAGAGCAGCAGCCGCACCAGUCCCACAUUCACACCGACAACUGCCAAUACAAUAUCAAACACCUCGGUCGCUGGCGGCAUGGCGGGUGGUGCGUCCGCCGGCGGAGCUGUCGGCGGCGGCGGCGGUGGUGGUGGCGCUGCCGGUGGUGCGGCAAGUGGCGGAGCGUCCGCUGGCGGAACAGGUGGCGGCGGUGGUGGUGCAGCUGGUGGUGGGGCAUCGGCGGGAGCGGCCGGGGGCAGUGGAGCGGCCACCGGCGGCGUCGGCGGCGGAAUGAGCAGCAGCAGCGCCAGCAGCAGCGGCAUCAGCGGAAGUGUGAGCACCGGCCUGGAAACUCUCACCGAUCGACAAUACAUCGUUAUCGCUAGCGAGAAGCAAACAAAAGUCUUCGAUGUGGCCAACCAGUGCUGCAUCAACCGCAUACAACUAUCGGAAAUGGAUUUUGCAGUCAAGGCAGAAACUAUCACGAUGAAAGAUGGCUCUUGCUUAGCAACCUAUCUUUCGAAUGGCCAUCUAAUGGUACAUAGUCUUCCUAGUCUAAAACUGUUAUUGGAUACUGAUUUCUUACCGCUCUUGGAACUAAGUUUUCAAACAAAAUGUAAACAGGGAAUUGUGGAUCCAAUGCUUUCGAUAUGGGGUCAACAGAUCAUUGUUCAUGAAGAUACAACUCUAAUAUCAAAAAUAUUUUGCUUUAGUCAUAAAGGUCAUGGAUUGUACAUGGCAUCGCCCACCGAAAUUCAAAAAUUCACGAUAUCAUCGGAAUUUUGUCAAUUUAUUUUGGAGAUGAUGGGUGAGCUGUAUACGGUACACGAAAUGCCCGAACAGCCGAAGGAGGGUUUCUUCAAGGGUCUAUUUGGCGGCGGCGCCAAGCUCCUGGAUCGUGAGGAGCUAUUUGGCGAGCAGAGCGGGAGGGCGAAUCGAUCGGUGGCCCGGCACAUACCCGGGCCCAAUUUGGAGCAGCUCGGCCAGAGGGCUUCCACCGCCGCAUCGGAGAUCAGCCGGGCGCACCAGCUGGCCAUGGAGCGCGGCGAGAAGCUCAAUUUGCUGGAGGAGCGCGCCGAGCGCAUGGCCAACACUGCUCAAGAUUUCAGCGGCACUGCGCAUCAAUUAAUGCUUAAAUAUAAAGACAAGAAGUGGUAUCAGUUGUAAAAUAUCUAUUUUAGGAGCCAAUUCUACCACAGUUAUUGUAAUAUUGCUUUUAUAACACUUUCUACUACAUUACGAGUAAAGUACACUUAUUUAAUUUCUGUUUUCAA